AUGGUAGACAGAGAUCCAGGCUCACCCACCUGGAAGUUCACACAAUGUUUCGGAGAUAAAGGCGAUGUAGAGGAUAUCACAGAAGCUGAUAUCAUCUCGACCGUCGAAUUCGAUCACACUGGAAAUUAUUUGGCUACAGGAGACAAGGGUGGACGUGUGGUUCUGUUUGAGCGAAACGAGACGAAAAAAACCUGCGAGUAUAAGUUCCAUACCGAAUUCCAAUCCCACGAGCCCGAAUUCGACUACCUCAAAUCGUUAGAGAUUGAAGAGAAGAUCAACAAGAUAAAAUGGUGUCGGCGACAGAAUGCAUCACACUUCCUCCUUUCCACAAACGACAAGACAAUUAAGCUGUGGAAGGUGUUUGACAAGUCUCUAAAGGUGGUCGCUGAAAACAACCUUUCGAAUGAGAUGACUCCGGCCCCCGCCAUCGGAGGGCUCCCUCGUGCCCCCCGUGGGACUUUCAAGGACGCAUCGGCAUUGAAGCUGCCCCGAUUGACACACCAUGAUACUGUGGUCGCUGCUGUCCCACGGAGAACUUACGCGAAUGCUCACGCGUACCAUAUAAAUAGCAUCUCCGUGAACAGUGAUGGCGAAACCUUUAUCAGCAGUGACGAUUUGCGAGUGAACCUGUGGAACCUCAACAUCCAGGACCAAAGCUUCAACAUUGUGGAUAUCAAGCCUGCAAACAUGGAGGAGCUGACUGAGGUUAUCACCGCGGCUGAAUUUCACCCCGUCAGCUGCAACCAGUUCAUGUACGCCAGCUCCAAGGGCACCAUCAAGCUUGCCGACAUGCGCCAGCGAGCGCUCUGUGACGAACAUGUGAAGCAGUUCGAACAAGAAGAGGAUGCAUCCUCUCGCUCUUUCUUUUCCGAGAUCAUCUCCUCCAUCUCCGACGUUCGAUUCUCACACGACGGCCGGUACAUCGUGUCUAGGGACUAUCUGACCGUGAAGAUUUGGGACGUCAAUAUGGAGCGUCAACCGGUGAAGACCAUUCCCAUCCACGAGCACCUGCGCCCCCGCCUGUGCGAUACAUACGAAAACGACAGCAUCUUUGACAAGUUUGAGGUCGUCUUCUCGGGUGAUGCCGAGAAUGUCAUGACCGGUAGCUAUAACAACAACUUCAUGAUCUACCCGACAGAGGAGGAGAAGGAGACGGAGAUUGUCCUACAGGCGGACAAGUCGGCCUUCAAGGCGAAGAAGGUUGGCGUACCGACCCCGAUGAACAAGGGCAAUGGCAAGAAGGCCGGCUCGAGGUCCGGCAGCCCCGCGGGUCCGGGCAGCCGAAUGAAGAAGGAGACCGAUGCCGAUCAGAUCGACUUCAACAAGAAGAUCCUGCAUAUGAGCUGGCAUCCCUUCGAGGAUAGCAUUGCGAUUGCGGCUACGAACAACCUAUUCGUCUUCUCUGCUCUGUGA